GAAGGAGGGAGAUUACCACUGCUGUGUUUGUAUGUUUUGGUAAAGCUGCUUCAUCCUUCAUUUCUACAUCUAGAAGUUCUCAACCAGCUGCCUCAUCAUGAACCUCUCGGAACAGAUUUCACUCCUCUUCAGCUGUAACGUCAGCCCCAGCGAGAAGCCACAGCUAGAUAUUAGUGUGACCAAAAGGGAGCCGCUGACAAUUGCUGUCCCAAUGACCAUCUUCUACAGCAUUAUCUUCUUGUCUGGAGUCUUAUUUAAUGGUGUGAGCUUACUGACCCUCCUCAUGGAUGCUCAUAUGAGAGUCAGUGCCAUUCGUUUCUACCUCAUCAGCCUCGUCAUAUCAGACAUUCUGCAGCUGUUGACUAUCCCAGUAACUUUGUAUCGGUACUACUGGGAGAGCUACCCAUGGCGUCUGGGCCAAACAGUAUGCAAAGUCUACUUCAUGGUUCGCCAAGUCUACUGUGCCACCACAAGCUGGGUCAUCAUGACUUUCACCACUGAGCGCUAUGCAGCCAUUUGCCACACCAUGUGGUCUGUCUCCAGCCUGAAGAAGUCUCGGCUGCCAUGCCUUCUUUCUGUAUGGGUCAUUUCUCUGGUCUCAGCAGUACCCUUUGCUCUGGUCUAUGACCAGGCUCGUGCCUGUAUCUUAGACUACACGGCCAAAACACGAGAAGAAGCCUUCCAUGUUUCCACCAUGUGUGAGAUGACAGAGCCGGAUCCUGCAUACAUCUACAAAGGAGCUUUGCUCCUAAGAGCAGGAAUCUUCUUCCUGGUCCCACUGAUCUCCAUCUGUACUCUCUAUCUACUCAUCCUGCUCUACCUGAGGCGGAACGGACGACAAAGGAGAAACAUGGGUCUUACACGGCCAGAUCCGGAGGGAAGGAGAGAAAUUCAGUGCCAUCGAAAUGGAAAGCUACUUUUAAAUGAAAAGAGAGCUCUAAAACUCAUGGGUGCAGUCUUGGUGGCCUUUUUUGUUUGCAACUUUCCAGACAUUGCCUCGUCACUGAUGCAAGUUUAUGUGGUUGUGUGGUCCGACACCGUCCUUUCUGUGUACACAGUCCUGAAAUCAUACUUGUCACUUCCACUGUGGUAUAUCAACGGGGCUCUGGAUCCACUGUUGUUCUGUAUUUCCUCCCACACAUUUCGCAGGGCAUGCUGUAGGACUCUGGGUAGGCUCAGGCUUUACUGCUGGAAGUAUGGGAGCAUGUGGCUGAGGCCGAGAAGUUCUAGUGAAGAAGCAAGCAUGACAGCCAGAGAGAGGAUUGAUGGUAAAUCUCAUAGAGAGAGGGGGGGGGCAAAACGAGACAUACAGUCACUAAAAAAAUCUGAUGAGAGGAGUGAAAAUAGCCGUGAAAAGCAGUGA